AGAAAAUAAAGAUAAGAUCGUGUUUUUUCGGGGAAAAAAAAGAUAAGAUUUUGUAGGAGAUAGUCGGAAGCACCGUCACUGAGAUAUCAAUCUCAGCGAGUUUUGAGUGUCGUUGGAGAGAGAAACAGAGGAAAAUUGGAAAAAGAAGGAGAAUUUGUGGGAAAUAAACGAAAGAGAGAGGAAAAAAUGAAGCUCAAAGUAUACGCUGAUAGAAUGUCCCAACCAUCUCGUGCAGUUCUAAUCUUCUGCAAGGUAAAUGGUAUAGAAUUUGAGGAGGUCAGAAUAGACAUAUCCAAGCGUCAACAAUUGUCUCCCGAGUACAAAGAAAUAAAUCCUAUGGGACAAGUUCCUGCUAUUGUUGAUGGAAGAUUUAAGCUGUUUGAAAGUCAUGCAAUUCUCAUUUAUCUUGCUUGUGUGUUUCCUGGAGUCCCAGAUCACUGGUAUCCUGCUGAUCUUUUCAGGAGAGCAAAAAUCAAUUCCGUUUUGGAUUGGCAUCACUCUAACUUGCGCCGUGGUGCAGUCACAUAUGUUGUAAAUACUGUUCUUGGGCCCGUCCUUGGCCUUCGACCAGAUCCACAAGCAGCUGCUGAAGCGGAGAAACUUUUGUCCUCCUCUUUGUCAAAAAUAGAGUCCAUUUGGCUCAAGGGCAACGGAAAGUUCUUGCUGGGUGGCCUUCAACCUUCCAUAGCUGAUCUUAGUCUUGCUUGUGAAAUUAUGCAACUUGAGUUAUUGGAUGAGAAGGAUCGAAUUCGCAUACUUGGUCCGCACAAGAAGGUUCAGAAGCAGUGGGUUGAGAACACUAAGACUGCAACAAGUCCUCGUUUUGACGAAGUUCAUAAUGUGCUUUUUAAGGCCAAAGCUAGACACCAAGAGCAGCGGGCGAAGUCCGGGUCUAGCUCCAAUACAAAUCUUCCUUCAAAAAUGUGAGAAACGACAUUAAUCUGUCUCAAGCUACUUAAAGCUGUUUCUACCUACUACAUGUAAGUGGCCUGAUAGUUGUUACUUAAUAAAAAUACAAUAAGAAGAAAAGCAUUUUGUUACUGUAACUCUAUUGUUAUAGUUAAGCCAAAAAAAAAAAGGAAAAAAACAAAAGACUAUCGUUACAAUAUAAGUUACAACUAUAUUUCUGGCUCCAAUUCCUUCCUUGGUGUUAUCUGUAUGUUCACACUUCACAUAUCACCUUAUGCCCAGUUAGUCGUUUGUUUCAAACUGUUGAACAAAGAGAA